GCGCGGGGCCGUUUCCGCUUCCGCUGUCACUUCCGCUUCCGGUGUCGCUAUCACCGCCGCCGUGAGCCGUGUCCGUCAGGCGCCGCGAGGCCGGGCUGGGCCCGGGGCGGCGGGGAGCCGCUGCGGCACACACAUAUUACAAGAUGAAGCUAAAUAUAUCAGUCUGAAGGUGUCACAGUUGCUUUGACAACAACUUUGUGAGAGCCUUGGUUUCAGAUUAUCCAUUUUCUGAGGAGUAUCAGUGAAGAAGGUACAAGCUAAAUAAUUGAAGUUAACUGGCUGAUUAAAAAUGUCGCUCUCCAAAAGAGAAUUGGAUGAGCUGAAGCCAUGGAUCGAGAAGACUGUGAAGCGGGUCCUGGGCUUCUCAGAACCCACAGUGGUCACUGCAGCAUUGAACUGCGUUGGGAAGGGAAUGGACAAAAAGAAAGCAGCUGACCAUCUCAAGCCCUUUCUCGAUGACUCCACUCUGCGAUUUGUGGACAAGCUCUUUGAAGCUGUGGAGGAAGGGCGAAGCUCCAGGCACUCAAAAUCGAACAGCGACCGGAACCGAAAGAGAGAGCUGAAGGACGUGUUCGGGGAUGACUCGGAGGUCUCCAAGGAAUCAUCUGGUGUCAAGAAGCGGCGUAUUCCACGUUUUGAAGAGGUAGAAGAUGAGCCAGAGGUGAUCCCAGGCCCACCUUCAGAGAGUCCCGGAAUGCUAACCAAACUCCAGAUCAAACAGAUGAUGGAAGCAGCCACGCGUCAGAUUGAGGAGAGGAAAAAGCAACUGAGUUUCAUCAGUCCUCCUGCACCACAGCCCAAAGUUUCCUCUUCAUCCCAGCAGGAGCGCCUGCCUAUUGGCAACACCAUCCAGCCCUCGCAGGCAGCCACCUUCAUGAAUGAUGCUAUUGAAAAAGCCAGGAAAGCAGCAGAGCUACAGGCCCGAAUCCAGGCGCAGCUGGCUCUGAAGCCAGGGCUCAUCGGCAAUGCAAACAUGGUGGGGCUGGCCAAUCUGCAUGCCAUGGGAAUUGCACCUCCGAAGGUAGAGCUAAAGGAUCAGACAAAGCCGACACCAUUGAUCUUGGAUGAACAAGGUCGAACGGUUGAUGCCUCUGGUAAAGAGAUUGAGUUGACUCACCGCAUGCCAACACUGAAAGCGAACAUCAGGGCUGUGAAGAGGGAGCAAUUCAAACAGCAGCUCAAAGAGAAACCUUCAGAGGACAUGGAAUCCAACACUUAUUUUGACCACCGGGUCUCUAUAGCCCCAGCCCAGCGUCAGAAACGUCUCUUUAAGUUUCAUGAAAAAGGCAAAUUUGAAAAAAUUGCACAGAGGUUGCGAACAAAGGCUCAACUGGAAAAGCUGCAGGCAGAGAUCUCUCAGGCUGCCAGAAAGACAGGGAUCCACACCUCUACCAAGCUGGCUCUUAUCACUCCCAAAAAAGAGCUGAAAGAAGGGGAGAUUCCUGAGAUUGAGUGGUGGGACUCGUAUAUCAUACCUAACGGCCUUGACCUAGCAGCUGGAACCUCUAAAAGAGAGGAUUACUUUGGGAUCACAAACCUCGUGGAACACCCGGCCCAGCUAAACCCACCAGUGGAUAGUGACACACCGGUGACUCUGGGCGUUUAUCUCACUAAAAAAGAGCAGAAGAAGUUGCGACGACAGACCCGGCGGGAAGCCCAGAAGGAGCUGCAGGAGAAAGUCAGGUUGGGCUUAAUGCCACCUCCCGAGCCCAAAGUAAGAAUUUCCAACCUGAUGCGAGUACUGGGGACAGAAGCUGUUCAGGACCCAACAAAAGUGGAAGCUCAUGUUAGAGCACAGAUGGCGAAGAGGCAGAAAGCUCAUGAAGAGGCAAACGCUGCACGAAAGCUAACAGCAGAACAGAGAAAAGCAAAGAAGGUUAAAAAGCUGAAAGAAGAUAUUUCACAGGGAGUUCACAUAGCUGUGUACAGAGUCAGAAAUCUGAGCAACCCAGCAAAAAAAUUCAAAAUUGAAGCAAAUGCAAACCAGCUGUACUUAACAGGAGUGGUGGUUUUGCACAAGGAUGUUAACGUGGUCGUGGUGGAAGGAGGCCCAAAAGCACAGAAGAAAUUCAAGCGUCUUAUGCUCCAUCGAAUAAAAUGGGAUGAGCAGACUUCAAACACAAAGGGAGAUGAAGAUGAAUCGGAUGAGGAAUCUGUGAAAAAGACAAACAAAUGCUCUCUGGUUUGGGAGGGCACAGCAAAGGAUCGCAGCUUCGGUGAAAUGAAAUUUAAGCAGUGCCCCACUGAAAACAUGGCACGGGAGCACUUUAAGAAGCACGGAGCAGAGCAUUACUGGGACCUGGCUCUGAGCGAAUCCGUAUUGGAAUCCACAGACUGAAGGUGCCGCAGCCCCCAGGGUUCCCAUUGCUAAUUUGAGAACGAUACCUCGCUGAAAACGUGGACAAAAGCCCCUCCCUCCCCUCAGACCUCCACAGUACAACACAUACGAUUAAAGAAAUAUUUUUUAAAACAAGUCACAGCUACACUGUUUUCUGGAUGAAUCCAACUCUUGGAGGGUGUGAUGCAAAAAAUCUUUGGAUCGUAGUGUCCAUCAGCGAUGCUAACAACGUGUAUGCUCUUAGGCAUCUCUUACGUUCUCUGGAAAGAACUGAGUUUUUGGGGUGGUGGGAAGAGAGUGUUUUUUGUUUUUUUUUUUGUUUUGGUUUGUUUUUUUCCCCACAGAUGUCUUUAGUCCUUCAAAUACAGCUGUCUCAACUGGAGGAAACAGACCAACCUCUUUGCUUUGUCAGUCGUUUGGUAGAUGAGAUCUGACCUUGGGCAAACUACAUGAUGCACCUAAUCAGCUUGCUCAUUGGUGGGAAAGGCGAGGCAGUUGUUCAGCAACUGUGUUCUGAGCAUGGAGCACUGGAAUUUGUAAAGCAGAGUAGGAGACGGGGACUUAGCCCACAUCCUAUAUUUACGUAAUAAACUUUUUUAAAAGGAAGUCA